CAUUCUCCUUACGAUGCCUUUUCCCACAGACACAUGGCUUGAAAAGCUCCCUUUGAUAGCAUCAGAUACCUAUCGUGAUACUAUCGAGGGGUUUCGGCUUCUAUGUAGAGUGUCUGUGGGCUUUACAAAACUCUUCUUUCUCGGACUUGUCUUCACCUCUGCCUACUUUUCUUCACCAGGAUAUAUAGUUAUCGGCCUAUACGACUUGUACCAUUGGGCGCGCCGUUCAGCGACUCGUCGUCGAGGAUUAAUUCCAAUAUACCAUCAUCGACCUGGAUGAGAACCGUCUCACUACAAGAGCCUGUAGAGUCUGGUUUGCUUCUCACCCGAGCGUAUCCCAUAUACUAACCUCGUUUAGUUAUAAAUCCCUACAAUCCCGUGUCCGCCUGUUCCGCUCCCGCAAUGAUCCUCGACCGGGCUUUACCGGCUGUAUCCGUCGGAGACACUCUGCAUCCCAACGCAGCCAGGGCUUCUCAUCCCAACGCAGCCAGGGCUUCUCGCAAACGAGCCAAGGACGAUCCGGGAGAUGAGCAGGUGGUAUCGCGACAGAGAUCUACAUCACGGCACAAAGAGGUCGAGGAAUUUGGAGAUUUGAGAUCUGUCUAUCUUCAACGCAAGGACAGAGAGGCACAAAUGAGAAGAGAGGGCAAGCGAGUCGAGAAACCCAUCAAGCAGCGACGAGGAAAGAUGUUCUGCCAUGAGUGCAAGAAGCAGCAAUUCUUCGAGGAACUCUCGUGCAAGCAGUGUGGGCAUGGGUGGUGCAUUAACUGUUGGGUUGCAUUGACUGACUAAGGCCAUGUUGUUCUUACGAUUGCCCCAGGGGUGACAUUCGGUUACGUGCGUCCUGAUCUCAAAUGUGCUCCUAAGCUUCCUGAGGAUGAUCAGCUGCAACUGGAGAAAUACUGAACGCGUAGGGUGUUUAGAAAGGAAGGUUACGAGGAUCUGUUAAAAGAGUUUGAAAAUUCCCUAGAUUCAUCGGCGUCGGAUUCGUUAGAUUGGUCGGGUGUGUCGGAGUAAUUGUGGAGGACGUGUCCGGGGAUUACGGAUCGGGUUGACGGCGAGGCGGUUGCAAUUGGGGAGGGGGGAGCGGAGCCGCUGCGGCGGAGUGGGGCCCGAGAAUCCAUGGCCCAACGCACCGCCGGGAGCGGGAGCACGAGCACGGAAGCGGUACUUCCCAAGCCGGGCGACUUGCAACAGUACCGCUUCUUUACUAUUCCCGCCCACUCUUGAAUACGGCAAUAAAAG